AGCUACAAAGGGUAAAAUCCCGCCCUCAAAACAAUGAAGUUGGCGCCAUCGUAUCACUGAAACCCUCGAUUCCGAGUUGACCUGAACCCCAUUGGCUGACCAUGGCAGAGCUAACCACUCCCAUGGACAUCGACGGCGACGAUAACAACCCCUCUCUAAAACCCAACAACAAGGGCAAAAACGUCGCCGUUUCCGGCCCCUCCCACGGCAAAGCCACUCCCUGGGUCGAGAAGUACCGCCCUCAGUCCCUCGCCGACGUCGCCGCCCACCGCGACAUUGUCGACACCAUUGAUAGGCUCACUAGCGAGAACAGACUGCCGCACCUCCUACUGUAUGGCCCUCCUGGCACUGGAAAAACUUCCACGAUUCUGGCCGUCGCACGCAAGCUCUAUGGUGCACAUUACCACAAUAUGAUUCUCGAGUUGAAUGCAUCGGAUGACAGGGGAAUCGAUGUUGUGAGGCAACAGAUCCAGGAUUUUGCCAGCACACAGAGUUUUUCGUUUGGGAUUGACAAUGCAAAGGCAUCUGUAAAGGUGGUCUUACUGGAUGAGGCAGAUGCUAUGACUAAGGAUGCUCAGUUUGCUUUGAGAAGAGUGAUUGAGAAAUACACAAAGAACACCAGAUUUUCACUAAUCUGUAACCAUGUCAACAAGAUUAUUCCAGCUUUACAGUCAAGAUGUACUCGUUUUCGGUUUGCUCCACUUGAUUCUUUUCAUGUAACGGAGCGACUCAAACAUGUUAUAGAAGCUGAAGGGCUUGAUGUGUCUGAGAGUGGCUUAGCAGCAGUUGUACGGCUUAGCAAUGGUGACAUGAGAAAGGCGCUGAACAUUCUGCAGUCAACUCAUAUGGCUUCACAGAACAUAACAGAAGAAGCAGUAUAUCUUUGCACAGGAAAUCCAUUGCCUAAGGACAUUGAGCAAAUAUCUCACUGGCUUUUGAAUGAGUCAUUUACAGAGAGUUUCAAACGAAUUUCUGAUAUGAAAACAAGAAAGGGAUUGGCUUUGGUAGAUAUCGUAAGAGAAGUGACUAUGUUUGUUUUUAAGAUCAAGAUGCCACCAGAUGUUCGAGUUUUGUUGAUUAAUGAUUUAGCUGACAUAGAGUACAGAUUGAGCUUUGGGUGCAACGAUAAAUUGCAACUUGGAUCAAUAAUUGCUUCUUUUACGAAAGCUCGCUCUGCACUUGUUGCUGCUGCAAAGUAGUAAUAUGGGUCUUUUUGUGGCUUUUGAUUGAAGUUUAAGAAUGUGAAGGUGUUAUUUCUUUAGUUGGAACGGUUAAGAUUUCCGCUUUGGUAGUGGUUUUCGACAUUUAACUUCGGUUGUGCACAGCAUUCUUGAGACGUUCACUUUCUUUUGUUCUCUUGAUCUGCUUGAUGUAGUUUGCUUCUUUCUUUCAGUCUA